GCCCUGUUUUAACAUACUACCAUAAUGUUCACUACAUCCAACCAAUUGAACAGCCCAGCUAAUCGGUAACAAACCGAGGCCCACCCGGUCUACUUUAACCAGACGGAAAAGUGAAAAAGUAAACAUAUUUUUUCCACUUUGGACCAGCCUAAAAUCACGACCACAAGGGAGAGUUUGGGGGGGGGAAGAUAAAGUGCGACACAGUUUUUUUUUUCCUCCUGAGAAUGUGGCGAACCUGAGGCUAUAGAGAAGAGAGAAGAAAAAGGCGGAUUGCAGCUCACUGAACGAUCAACAAGUUGGAGUGUCUUUGAUGGCGAGCUCUACAUGAAAUCCCCUCAGUUUACAACAGGAACCGAGGAAGAGCAGCUGCACGGCAACGCCGCCGUACAUUUUAAGAUUACAUUACCUGUCUGCCGAAAGUGAACUGAACAGAGGAUGUUGUCUCGGCUUUAUGAGCUUAUAUGGGCGGACUGGCUCUGGUUUCCCGAAGGCCACGGCUGGGCUGACCUGAAGGACCACGAUGGCAAAGUCUUCCCUAAACCGCAGGAUCUCUGGGCUACCGUCCCCAUCGCUCUCUGCUUCCUGGUCAUCAGACAGAUAUUCGAGCGGACGGUAGCGAUUCCUCUGGCCUCUCUGCUGGGAGUGAGGGACAAGCAGCGUGUUCAUGCUCCUCCAAAUCCCAUACUGGAGUCCCAUUUCUGCAGCACAUCAAAGCAUCCCACACAGAGCUCCAUAGAGAGGUUAAGUAAGCAGACGGGCUGUUCGGUGCGACAGGUGCAGAGGUGGUUCAGGCGGCGGAGAAACCAGGACCGACCCAGCAAGCUCAAGAAGUUUCGGGAAGCCAGUUGGAGAUUUACCUUUUACCUUCUUGCUUUCUUUGCUGGCCUGGCGGCACUUAUUGACAAACCAUGGCUCUACGAUAUGAAGCAGAUGUGGGAAGACUUCCCGAAAAUGCCAUUGUUGCCUUCUCAGUACUGGUACUACAUGAUCGAACUAGGCUUCUAUCUCUCGCUGGUUUUUAGCGUAGCAUCAGAUAUCAAACGUAAGGAUUUCAAAGAGCAGAUAGUUCACCACGUAGCCACCAUUUUCCUCAUCAGUUUCUCCUGGCUUGUCAACUACAUCCGGGGAGGGACUUUGAUCAUGUUGGUGCAUGAUGCCUCAGACUAUCUAAUGGAGUCAGCCAAGAUGUUCAACUACGCAGGUUGGAGGAGAACCUGCAACUUCAUCUUCACCCUGUUCGCUGCGGUUUUCAUCAUCACUCGUCUCAUAAUCCUCCCCUUCUGGAUCAUGCACACGACGUGGGUGUACCCCCUGACCCUCUACCCCCCCUUCUUCGGGUUCUACUUCUUCAACGGGCUGAUGCUGGUGCUCCUGGCUCUGCACAUCUUCUGGGCCGGACUCAUCUUGCGCAUGGUCAUCAAGUUCCUACCAGGCAACGACAUCGUUGAGGACGAGCGGAGCGAUAAAGAGGAAACAGAGUCCGAGGAUGAAGACAACGAUCGCGAGAAGAGGGACAAAUCUAAAAACGGCCACGUGCAGAACGGCCACACUCUCCUCAACAACAACCGCAGUAAGACGGACUGAUUGGACAGCGAGAGCUGGAGAUGAGGCAGCGUGAGGAGUGAACACGGGCCCUCGCACGCGGCCGUCACCUGAAAGCCAAAGAACGGGAGCGUGGCAUGUUAGAAAGAGGCAACAGGCAGCGCACACACACACACACACACAAAUAUAUAUAUAUAUCCAUACACUAAUUUCUGAAACCCUGGUAGUCCAAUGCGGAUAAUUUAAAAUCCACACUAAAUUAAACGAGGAGAGGAAGAACAAGGAACACCCCUCUCCUCUUUCUCUCCCCUCCAACAGAUUUUUGCUCUGUUGACCCGAGUUGCCACAUGCCAAAUCUGCCUGCUUGUAGCUUUAUGUCUUGUUACUGGAAGUGUUUUAAGAGGUGCUGUGGUUAGGGCGGGCAUUUCCUCUCCUGCACAGUCGGUUAACACUCUUCUAAGUAGUACUGCCUUUAAACCUGACUGUUGAAUUCUGCUCAACUUAACCACACUGAAGUCAGCGACACAAGGGGGGAGGGAGGGAGGGGGGGGGAAUGAGACGCUGUCUUUCCAUGGACCAUGACCUGAUUUAAGUCUGUUUACUGACGUCCAGAGGUAAUAAUGAAUCUGUAAGUUAGUUUUUGCAGCUGCCAAUUUCUUGGUGACACUGAAAUUGUUGUCACUUAGGUUCUUGUAAACGGUUUUGAGCCAAAAUGUUGCUAAAAUAUAUUUGUUCCAAUAAUGUUUAAAGCAAAAAUAAUUGGUGGUAAAUAAUAAUUUUUUUUUUUAACAGUUCGAGACAGCGAGAGAAGGUGCUACAUCUGUCACGCGUGUUGAAAUGUGCCUUUGUUUGUUUGUUUUGUUUGUUUACCUGUUUGGGAAUGCAGAAUGCGCAGGAGUCCGGAUCAUUUUUAAAUGUUUUGUUUUUUCGUUGAUGCUUAAUAUCUUUUUAGUUGUAUGAUUUUAUUUACUUUCUGUUUUUAUUUGUUUUCAGUCCAGUCGACGAUUUAAAUUUGGGAGCAAUUUGUUGAGUGUAACCCAAACCAAUCAGUAACUGUUUAUUAAUUAUUUAUGGGCUGGAAGAGUCAAUAGCAUUUCCAUUCAGUGUUGUUUUUCCCAUCCAUCCAAAGAUGCACUUUAUGGGUCCUUCUAUAGAUCAGCAUUGACUAUAUAUUUAGUAAACAAACGUAGUGAUAGUAUUAUAUUUGGAUCCGAACCUGAUUUUUUUUUUUUUUUUUUUUUUUUUCUGUUUUAGAAAGGUUUGGAUUAUUUGAUUUUUGUUUCAUAUUUAUUCACUGUUAUCUACCCAAGAUCUUCCUCUUUGUCAGUGUUUUGGAUCAUUUUGUAAAAAAAAAAAGAAAAAAGAAACGUACAAGAAGAAUUUAAUGAAAUCUUAAAAGAAGUCAAAUGAAUGAAACACCAAAGUAUGGUUUACAUUUUCUAUUACCAUUUACCCGUCAUUUGCAAGUGCCUUCAUCAUUUCAAGAAUUAAUUGUAAAAAAAAAAAAAAAAAAAAAAAAAAAGAAAGAAAAAAGACAAAAAAACGCAUACAUUUCUGUCCCUUUGUCUUAUUUUUUGCCAUUGUUGUGCCCCAACACAUCCACCACUCUGCACUGUAACGCUCUGGGCCUCUCCUUACCUCACUUUCCUUAAUGCCUCGGCUCACGACGACCAAUCGCCCGCAGCUCCCUCCACAGAGCUUCGCUUCUAUCAAAGUGUUUUUAUCCUGCAUUAUGUGUUGCUGAGAUUUAAAAAAUCAUAAUGAUGACGAUGAUGAUAAAGAUAAUUGUGGAUAACUA